AUCUGCUUUACGCAUCUGGAGCUGUAGACUGUUUUUGCUGGUACAAUCUUAGGGGCUUAAAAUUUAUUCGUAAUUAUGUGAAGAUGUAAUUGAUGAUGCAUUUUAUGCAAGGAGAAUUCUUGCUUGUUGAACACCAUUGAACUUGUUUAUCGUUGCUUAUAUUUAAAGACGACCGCAUAACCACAGUACAAGCUUUCAAAACAAUGACUUUUAUGUCUGUUUUCAUUUUCUGUCAGCCAAGAUGAAAGUGUGUCAAGCCUCGCUUUCGUAAUCAAUGGAUGAUUUCAUGAGAAAAGAUCAUGUGUGUAGUUCUUACGGAAAUAGUUGUUCUGUUUGGAAAUCCAUUUGAGAAUUGUUCUCUGUUUAGCGGAACUGAUUUUAUAUUUUUACUUUCUUAACAGACUGGUUGAACAGUGCUUGGUUUUCCUCAACGCCGAAAAGACUAGAACCCCCCUCAUCUCGUUGAAGUUAAUGUUGGUUGAUAUAGGGAAGGCAAAUCACUUUAAAACACUACAAUUUUGAAAAUAUUCAAUUCCUGUGUGUUUUGGAAUAUCCUAUUAUCCACGAACAUUUUGUAUUGCAGAGUAAUUUGAUUUUCAUUGUCACUUCACAAUUUUACGAAAACAUUGAAAUUGACUGGUUAUAGUUGAGCAAGAAGGAAAACAAGUGAUAUACACCAAAAGAAAAUCAAGUUGACUUCUAAACCCAGUGUACUGAACAUUUCCUUCCAUUUGAAUGUCAAGUUACAGGAGACUAAAAUGAUUCUUUACACACUGGCACAAUGGAUAGGGAAACACAAACUGUUUAAGUGUAGAUGUACAUUUCUUCAAAUUUUGAAGGCAAAGUAUGUUGCGUAGACCAAAACAAGGAAAUUCAACAGCUGCUGCAAGAAUGGCUAACCAUGAUUUAAUGGACAAUCCUGCAUACCUGGGAGCUGGCGGUGCUUCUAAUGUUGAGUCUGAGGAAUAUUUGUCAGGAAAUAUGCUAGAGACUUGUAUUGAUGACACAGUGUCUUUAAGUGACCCAAAAGAAGGAAGCAAACCUGACAAAAAGGGCAGUACUGCAAUGAUAGCGGAACAGAGAAAAGGAGUGGUGAUCCAGGAUAAGGGAGAGCAGCACAAGCCACGUAAACUGAAACAGCGCCAACACAAGCCAGAGCUGGAUGUGGCAAAAGAAUUCAAAAAGUGCAAAGAAGAGGAAGCAACUCGUUUGGAUCUAAGCAAAUCCCAGAUUACUGUGAUACCAAAUACAGUUAAAGAUUUGUCACAGUUGCAAGAAUUUUAUCUGUAUGGGAAUAAAUUGGCCACUUUACCACCAGAGAUUGGAGCCUUGACAAAUUUGACAAAGUUAGGAUUAAGUGAAAACUCCUUAACUACUUUACCAGACACUCUACAAAAUCUCAAGCAUCUCAGAGUGUUGGAUUUGAGACACAACAGAUUGAAUGAGAUUCCGGAGGUGGUCUAUAAUUUGAGAUCUUUAACAACGCUUUUUCUUCGAUUUAAUCGAAUAAAGCAUGUGGAUGAAGCCAUUAGAAAUUUAACAAAACUUACUAUAUUUAGCUUGCGAGAAAAUAAGAUUUCUAAAUUGCCACAAGGAAUUGGUCAACUGGUGAAUUUGCUCACGUUCGACAUUUCCCACAAUCACCUGGAACACUUACCAGAAGAAAUUGGAAACUGUGUGAUGCUUAAUUCCUUAGAUCUUCAGCACAAUGAACUUUUGGACAUACCAGAAUCUAUUGGAAACCUCAAGUCCCUGUCCAGACUUGGUCUGAGGUAUAACAGGUUAACAAGCAUCCCAAAAAGUCUGGCUAACUGUGUCAUCAUGGAAGAGUUUAACGUGGAAGGAAACAACAUAGGACAACUUCCGGAGGGUUUGCUGUCUAGUCUGACCGGUCUUCGAUACAUCACACUCUCCCGGAAUGCAUUUCAGUCAUACCCAAGUGGAGGACCAGCACAGUUCUGUUCUGUUUAUAAUCUUAAUAUGGAGCACAAUCAGAUCAAUAAAAUCCCUCUGGGAAUCUUCUCCCGAGCGUCAAGCCUGACAAAGCUAAACAUGAAGGAUAAUCAGCUGACAUUCUUGCCGUUGGAUAUUGGUAGCUGGUCGAAUAUGACAGAAUUAAAUCUCGGAACUAACCAGCUGACACGAGUUCCAGAAGAUAUACAAAAUUUAGAAAAAUUAGAAGUUUUAAUUCUCAGUAAUAACUUAUUAAAGCGUCUACCACCCAGCAUUGGAAACCUAAAGAAACUGAGGGUGCUUGAUUUGGAAGAAAACAAACUGGAAUCACUACCUCAAGAAUUAGGACAGUUACAAGAGCUGACGCGACUUGUUGUACAAUCCAAUCAGCUGACCAGUCUGCCUCGUGCCAUUGGAUGCCUGUCCAAACUUGAAUACCUUGGUGCUGGGGAAAAUAAUCUGACAUCUCUUCCUGCUGAAAUAGGGACGUUGGAGAAUCUGGAGUCCCUGUACAUCAACGACAAUCAGGAGCUCCACAGCCUACCCUAUGAACUAGUUCUUUGCAGCAAUCUACAAAUCAUGAGCAUAGAAAACUGUCCUCUCAGUCAAAUUCCACCUGAAAUUGUUGCCAAAGGACCUUCCCUUGUUAUCCAGGUAACUGCUCAUUCUCCAGCAGAUAUUAUACUCUAUUUCUAUCCAGAGUUGGGACCCAUUAGUAACAUUGACAUCUCCCAGACUGGCCAUGAGGGUCCUGAAUCAAGCAUCCAAUUGAUAAAUUCUGAUGGAUGUCAAAAUUCUAAUCAAGACCAAAAUUUUGUUUUGAAAAAUAAAGAGCAUUAUAAAUGCAAUAGGCAUCUAGGGAUUUAACAUGAGGGGAAAUAGUAGUACUCAGAAAAAGCCCACUUUUAUACAGCCAGUACUUCAUUUAGGAGACUUUAUAAUUGGCAGAUUAUAAUCGUAUCUUGUUGUAUUGAGGGUCUCUAUACUACAAUUUUACUAAGUUUGAGGAAAAUUCAUUGACAAAUAAGUUUUUCAUGCCACUGUACUGCCUAUCCUCAAUCUUUGAAAAUGGUCCUUCUUUGUGCAUUGUGAAAAAAUAUUGUGUACAAAAUUAUGAAAAGUGGAUAAUUGUUUACCAAAAUUGUGAAAUUCCCUUCCCCUGGGCCAGGAGUUAAGGCUUUAGGGUGUGAUCAGAUGGGUAUAUAGUAAAAAUGCAUCUAAUCUUUUAAAAUUGUCUUUAUGCCCCUGUACUUGGAGAUUCAGUGAUAGUUUUUUGAACGUUUACCUUGGUCAUAACUUUGAAUGGAUGGUGAUAGGGCUUUCAUAUUUCACAUGUGUACUCCUCGUGACAAGACCUUUCUUUUGAUCCCAAAAUAUUUUACCUCACGACCUUGGUGUUUGCCAUAUGGGGGCAUCGGUGUUUCACAAAUACAUCUUAUUUCCUCUGUUUUUGCAUGUGACAUACAAGUUUACUUAAUGAAUACAUAUAUACAGUUAUGCUUGUAAAUCUAACAAUUUUGAUAUGUGCCUCUUUAUCUUUCAGUAUUUACGAAUUCAGAGUCCAUUUUGUCCAAUAUGACUCUCGAGUCACUUCCAACACUGUGAUAGUGUCCAGUAAUAAACAGGAGGCAGGCGCUUCAUAUCCGUUGUUUUGAGAGCGGGAGGUUGGCCAUUUUAGUUGCAAGAAGGUUAUCUUGACAAUGGGAAAUCCAGCUGACAAUCAAUACAGAUUUCUAUGAGAUGUGUCUGCUGAAUUCAGUAUCAAAGGCUGAAGUAGACAAGCUUGUGCUCCUAAGGAAAAAGAGAUGUUUUGGAAUUAAAUUGACAGAUUUUAUUACUUUAAUAUUUUUGAGGAAUACAAGAAUGCUUCCAAUUCUGUGUUGGGUACCCUGUAUAGAUGUAAUCCAUUCAAUGAACUGUGUUCAUGUGGUACAUGGAACACAUCAGGAUUUGCUAAUAUAUUGCACUUUUUUAAGUUUUCCAGGCAUAAUAGAUGAACUUGUUAACAUUUGACAGUUUCUCAUUAUAUAUAUAUUUAUCUGGUUUCUCUCACUACAAAAGCCUUUGUUUAAUACCAUAUGUACCAGAAGUCAUGUUCGAAUUACUGUGAUAAAUUUUGGCUUUGUUAAAGGAGAAAGUUGAGAUAUAUAUAUUCUUGUCAGAUGUAAUAUUUGUAGUAUGUGUUUCAGCAUUUUACAAGAUUUAAUGAGUAAAUAGACAUGUGUUGUUCAUUAGACAUAGACCUUCGAGAGGUUUAAAGGUAACAUUUUCUGUGCAUAUUUUUCUUUUGAGCCCUAUGACUACAUUUAUGAAUUAAGCUGGUUUACUUUCAUUUGUUCUGUUUUUAGCUCUACUGAAGUGAAGAGCUUAUGCAUUGGUUAGUUGUCUGUUGUCAGUCUGUAAAUACCUGUUCAAAAUGCAUCUCCUCAAUUGAAAUGAAAUUUCACUUGGAGAAAGAUAACAUCAGGACACACAGUUCUUCAUAUUAUAAUUUCAAUGAAAGGGAAAUAAAGUUUUGUAAAUUUGUGAUUCUUUUUUAAGAUAUUUUGUUUCCUACAUUUACCAUCAGAUUGUAAUGAAUAUUAAUACAAUGAGAGACAACAAAGAUACCUAACUUUGUGUAUUGAUUUUUCAUUUAACUAAAAACUAACAAAAUCCAUAUAUUACAUAAUUAAAAUGCAUGGUCAAAGAGAGAUCGCUUCAAAUUAACAGAGAGCAAGCUGUGUCAUAGAUGGAGAACAGACUAUCUUUAGCUGAAGCUUAUGGUUAUGUAAUACCUAAUACUUUCAGGGAAAUUGCAUGGUUUCUGUGUAGUUUCCCUUGAGUGCCCUCCUUCCCUCUUAUAUGAUUGUACUUGCUGUGAAAUUUGAUGGAACUACUGGUCCAAGAGUUUACGCUUCUUAUCAAAACUUAAAGCUUUGAAUUGUUAAUUCUGAUUAAUUAUUUGUAAGUCAUCUCUAAUUUUCCAGAUGCUUCAGAUUUUAGUUUUAACUUUAGAUCCUUUUUUAUUUACUAAAAAAACCAGUAUUCCAUUUCAAUGAAUUAUUAUUUUUCUGUAAAUUUCAUUUUGAAAAUGCAUUUUCUCCUACAUUUAUCAUCAGAUUGAAAUGAAAGGUAAAGACAGGAUAAGAGCCAUGUGCAGCCCCCAUUUUUAGGAAGUCAUCGUGAACAAAAAUAUAGAUCAUUAUUAAUCUGCAUGUAGAUCAUUCUUUAGAAACCCAGUUCAUGUCGAUCUCAAAAUAAGUAUCGCUUUUUUAACAUAUGUCUUAUUCCAAAUUCUCAGGAAGGUCACAAAGUUAUUGAAAAAUUUUAAUUAAUUUUUGGCCAAAACUUUAUAGAAUUAAAGUAUAUAUUCUCUAAAAAUAUAGAACGUAUACUAGCCUACCUUACAUAUAUUUUACAUCUGUAUCCACUACAGCUGGUACAUAGGCAGAUUUGUGCGCCUUGAUUUUGUAAUGAAAAUGUGUGUGAAAUGCAUGUAUCAAAUGCUCCGCACAAGUUACGUCCUUCAUGUUUCUCUAUGUUGGCCAUUUUUGAUUUUCCGAUCUGUAGCUUUGACAUUUGUUGAAUUUCCAUUAAUUGCAAUGAACUAUAAUAAUGCCCCAGGAUGGGACAACUCAUAAAGUAGUAUGAAAGCUUAAUGAUUACCUAUAAUUCACUAGUAACCUCUCACAUUUAGACUAAAGAAGGAAAACUCCGGAAUUGAAAUUUGGCUGUACCCAGAAAAGGGACGUAACUCACGGCAAAGUGUUUAUACAUUUAUUGCUUUUUAAAGAUAUGCCAUGAAACCCAAAAUUUACUUAAAUCUGUGACAAUCUUUUGGCUUUCGACACUAUAGUCUAGUAUAUCAUACAUUUUUAAUAAGGCAUCAUUUAUUUUUUAAAAAAAAGUUUUUUUUAGGUUUCAUUCUUUUUAUAUAUUUUUGAAAUUUAAGCAAAAAUGGGGGCCCUUAUUCUACCUUGUCCUUCACUACAAUCAAACACGACAUAAAUGUAAGAUUUUAUAAUCAUUUAAAAGAUUAAAUGAUCAAAUUUAAUUCAUUUGUUUCAUUUAUACAUAGUGCAAAUGCAUGGGCAAAACGUGAUAGCUUCAGAGAACAGAAUUGUAGCUGAAGCUUAUGCAGUGAGAGUGGAAAUCAUGUUUAGCAGUGUGGUUAUGUAACGUCUAAUACACAAGGAAAUCAGGGCUGGUGUGUAUAGUUCUUUGGAAGCCCUUCCUCCUGUUAUAUGAUGCAUGUAUUAUGUAAUUUCAAGUUUGAAUUUUUAGGUCGCUCAGGUGACCUAUUGCUUUUAGCCCGCAUUUGUCGUGUGUAAACAAUUGAACAUAUUCAACUUCUUGUUAAGUCCCUUCCAAUACUUUUCAAAUUUGGUGUGAAGCAUUUUUAGAACAUGGGGGACAAAAAUUUCAAAAACUUUCUUCUCUACAUCCACACAUAUGUAAGAAAAACUAAAUGCAUAGUCGUGUAGAGCAGGAAAUUAUAAAUUUAGAAGUUCUGACUCCAAGGCGGGGCCAAAUUUGGUAUGUAGUGUAUAUAUUUAAAACAUUUAAAUGACAUCGUGUUUUAUGAUGCUAUUGAUACUAAAUUGAAACUAAAUAGAUAUUUAAAAUAAACAGAUAGCUAUUUACCAUAAUUAUAUAUCUCAUUAUCCCAGGGGUAGGUUUUAGUGGAGCCAAAAUGGUCAGUGAUUAAAUGUGUUAACAAUUGAACAUUUUUUAUCAAGAUAACUGACAUUUCAAUUCUUUCAUUUGAGAGAGUUUUGAUUUUCCUGAUACUGUAUAAAAACUUAAUAAAUGCAUAUUUAGGAGAAGCAAAAAAGGUGUACUGAAAUUGUGAAUUGGCAACCCCAGGGUUCUGACUCUAGGGCGGAUCCAAAAUUGCCAUAUAGUGUCAAUGUAAUAUAUGUUAGGUAAAGUCUUUCAUCAGUAUGGAUACUUUGGAUCAAUUGUGUUUCAAGAACACAUCAAUAUUGGAAUUUAGGUUAGGUAAUCUGAACAGAAAAAUUAUUAUAGAUAUCGUAGCCCUGGAUAGGUGUUUGUGAAACUAAUACUCAGGUGACCAAUAAGGCCUUUGGGCCUCUUGUUUCAUUUAUUUUUGAAGUUUGUGGUCUAUUUAAAAAUUGAGAUUUUGUAAAGGGUCAAUUUCUGAGAUGUUUUGGUGUCCUUGAUGAUGUAAGAUUAAAGAAAAUGUUGUAAUUGCUGUAUUACCUGUCAAGAUGUGAUUACUUUCCAGUAAUCAGUUGUAAAAUAGAAAAUAGAUUAUAAAGAAUAAACUAUUUCAAUUCU